UUAAGAAACAUGCCUUUUAGAGUAUUAUACUAAAACACCUGCUUACUGUCUCUGUGAGGAUAUCUGUUUUUGUGUAUCUUCAGAAUCCUCCUUAAAGGAACUACAACUUGAGAACCGGGCCGGGUUGCGUUAUGUUGUCGGGUUUAGGUCUCAUUUUGACAAAAUGCUACGAAACGACGACGUUGGGAAAACACUUCUUCACUUGUUUAGAAAAGAAGACUCAGAAACGCAGAGUCGAAGGAGAGAAGCGAUAAGAAGAAGAAAUGAUAGAGGAAGGUCCACCAGCUCCAAAGAUCCUUCGAAUGGUCUACUUCGUCGGCGCCGGAUUUCUAUGUACUUUUGCGAUCAAUAAGUGGCGUGAGAUGGAGAGAAACUCGCUUCUGAAGGAGGAGCAGAAGAGUCAACAAGGGGACGUUUCUUUAUUGCAUCACCAGUCGCCUACAGAUUCGGUUCACAAGGCUAUGAAAUGAUCGAUCACUUGUCUUUUCUUCUUUUCUUGCGAUUUGAGUAUCGUCGUUGACUUUAAAACAUUGGAUCUUUAUCACUCUCCAGUGGAAGAAUGAAAUUGCCUCUGUGUAUCUCUUUUUUCUAAUUUAUGAACCCUAGAAAUCUGAUACCAUCAUAUACAGUGGUUUCUGUUUGUGCUCAUUGCAAAGAGCUUUCUUA